CCCCUAAUCGGAUUCCGACUCCUCUCCCAGUCUCCAAGCCCUAACCCUAACCGUCGCAUCAACGCUUGCGGGAGGUUUCUCGCGAACCCUUCGGUAAAACUUCUGCGGGGUCGCUACGAUUUUUCAUCUUUUCUCCGGUUUUUUCUUGUGCUUUUUCGCUUUCCUCUGUGUUUUCUGCUGCUCUAGAUGUCGUUUCUCGGAUUGCUGUGGGCAAGUGUUUAUAGACUAUUGAUGUAGAAGAGUCAUCUGUGUGUACUGGAUUUCUUGUUUUAGGGCUUAUCCUAUUGAUUCUUGAUUAGCUUCAUGUGUGUUUCUCCAAAUCGAGACACCUCAGUUGGUAAUUAACUCUAAAAAAUCAGGUUGGCACCUUUUCUCUCCUUGAGGUUUCAUAUGCUCAAUUCUUCAUCUUUGAGAGAUAUUUACUGUUGAUAAUUUUGUUUUUUUGGUGAUCUGAUGCUGUAUUGUAGUACAAUUUCCACGGUUUUAGUGAGCUUUUACUUGGCUGCUACACAUUAAUCUGUGGUGGGACUUGUUAUAGUUUUCCAAACAGUGUUGGUGCAAUGAUGCAACAAAAAAGUGGCCUAAGUAGUAUGUAAUAUUCAAUUGUGUAGAUAUCGUGAGUCCGUGUCAAUAUACUACUGUUUACAGAAGCAACAGAACUACAACUAAGUCUUGCUUAAAUUUAGGGCUCAUAUGAACUUGUGAUAAGAAAUAUAUUUCGCUUGAUUAAUGGUGGCUACUAACUUGGUACAGACCCUGACAACCAAGGUACACCAUGAUAUGCAAAUAUAGAACCAACAUUUAUGCACUAGAGAUUUAUAUUUAUGUACUUGAAGAGUUUUUGCCUGCAUCAUUUUAUUUCUUAUAUUAGCAUAUCAAUAGAACCAAAGUUUACAUAAGUGAUGAUUUAGGGAGCAUGGCACACAAGUUGAUUUGUUUUCUUAUUAUUCUCUUUGAUUAUUACUUAGUUGUAAACAGUUUCUAAUUAUUCAUCUUUUUAUUCGUUGUAUUAUUUUUACAAACCUGUUGUUCUUAUUAUUCACUCUAUUUUGUGGGAAUUGCUCAUUAAGGGAUUAAAUGCAUAUGCUUAAUCAGUCUUUCCUUUUUUUAUUUUUUAAUCUGGACAUCUUUUUUAUUCUGUUUUUUAAUUCUGUCUCUGAAUUUUUUUUUGCACAAAAAUUUCAAUUUGAAUUAGUGGGAUCCAUAUGGACAUGACCACACUUGCCGGUGCAAAUAUUUUUUUAUGGUGCAUUUGCACUAGCAAGGAAUUUGUUUCUGAUACGUGUUAACAAGCUUAUCAUGCAAUUUUGUUGCCCUUGUAUGAACAUCUGUACCAGCAUAAAUUUACUUUGAUACUUCAUUGAAUAAAUUGACCCACUAAUUUAUUUUAAAACUUUAUUCAUCGCCUGCUUGAAAAACUUGUUAAUCUUCCUCUCUAAUCUGUAGAGUGCAGUGAUCAGCCAUCGGGUCAAUGCAAGUACCAAAGAAGGGAAGAUAUGGAGUAAGGAGAAUGACCCAUCAAAGGUCCUAGAAAUUCCUUAUUCAAAACCUAGGAACCACACAAUAUAGUAAUGGCAGUCUGGUAAUGCCAUGGAGCCUUUUUAUCACACUCCACCAGAUAAAUGAUGGGGCCAGAACAAUCUCUUGUGCCCAUCAUCAUGAAAUCCGUUUGUUUCUUUGAUAUAUCCAUCUCAGUUGGUAUUGGAUUGACUCAUUCUUGCUGUGCGAGUCCAAAUUCCAAUAAGAUAUGUGGUCCAAGUUUGGACCCCAAGUGGGGUGUGACAUAAAUCAUGUUCCAUGAAGAAUAAUUAAGUGACCUAGCAAUGAUAAAUCUGAUCUGUGAUGAAAGAUAAGUAGGGAGUGGUGAGUUGGGUCAUUCCAUGUCCAGUUCUAGGCUUGUGUAUUGAACACUGGUGUCAAAAGUAUAGUGACAAAUAGAGAAGAGAAAGGCUCCUCAUAAUCUCAUGAUGUGUUAUGGACCAAUGAUUUUUGUCAAAACCCACUAACCCAAGUUGGGAAUGCUUCAGAAAUAUCAAAGUUGGAGAGGUAUGUGGGAUUUCUUAAUUAGGACCGCAGAUGAUAAGAAUCCAGACAACGUGAUGGUGAACCCUACUAGAACUGCUUGGUUGGAUUACAUCAGGUCUCCAUUGUUUUGUUGUAACUGGGCCACCUACUGGUAAGUUAACCAAGGACAAGUGAAGCUUAAGGAAAACAGGAAAUUAGCAUGUGUCGCCGGAAAUACAUCAAGAUAACCCCCUAAAAUAAGCUCAAAAACAACUUUUGGAGUUCCCAAGUUAUCAGAAAUUGUGACGAAAUUUGGCUUGACAUCAGAACCACUUUUACGUGUACUUGUAAAUAUACAUUCAUUUAUAAAAACAACAAUUUUGUAUAAUUAGCUCUGUAUGGCUUCUCAAUAGAUACAAAUACAACAGUAUCAUUUAGAAGUAGCAAACAAAUGCAAGCAUGCUCGAUGGCAAUUCUUCACAAAUUUGGAUUAGCAUUUUAUUCAUGCAUUUAAUGUUAUUGACUGUUUGAAUCUUAAGUGCUCCUUUGGACAAACUACUAUCCAGACCAAAAAAAAAAACAGUCUUCUCUCUCUUUCUUUAAGUCGCUUUAUAGGUGAAGUGGUCCGCGAGAGAGAGAGAGAGAGAGUACAGAAUUAUUGACACUCUUGUGGCGUGUUGUCUGUGGCUAUAUAUAAUCCCUACUUCCCAACCAAUAACGAAGAGGUAACCAACAUUAUGCCUUUGUUAGGAACAAAGGUAAUGACUGGUAUUCAAAUCUGAGCACAUGGAGUCAUUGGUCGACUGUAUGUACUCCUGCAAUUACCUCCUAAUUGUGUUAGGAGGCAUCAGAAAGCCAUAACUCGUGAUUGAAAUUGGUUGGUGAGCUUCUCAUCAGUCCCACACCCAAACAAAUGGUAUCUCACAGAUGUGAUCUUAUAAAAAAAUAAUAAUAAACAUCAAGACUAUUUAUCUGUGAAUUCUGUAAGCGUUGAAGCUGAAAAUUCUUACGAUGAAUUUUGAGAAAGUAAAACAAAUUAAUUCGUUUCAGGUGCAAUUAUUUGAAUAAUCUAUUGGUUUAUUUUUUUUCAAAAUUCAUUAGUUGUUUUUUUUUUCUUUCAAUUUUGGACUUCGUUUCUUGGUUUGACACAUGCAGAUGCUCAUGGGUUUGAUUCAGUAAAUUUCAAACAAAUUUAAAUAUAUAUAAAUAUAUAUAUAUAUAUAUAUAUAUUUAAAAUAAUAAAACAAAAUAUAUUUUAAAUUUUAAACAGAGUUUUAAAAUACCGGUACUGUUUGGGAAAGAAAAAGAUCGUAUAAGAAUAUUUGGAUUCGGGAUUGUUCGGAACUAUCUCAAAAAUCCACGUAAUGGUCAUAUCUGCUUUGUCGUCAAAAAUAUCCCUUUCGGUUUGGGCUGUUCUUCCACUUCCAUGUCGGGCGGCUUCAUCUCCAUUUAAAGCCCGCUCGAUCUCCCUCCUCUCUGCCCUGAGCCGCCGAAGCUUCUGCAACUCCAUCUCCACUGGCCACUGCAGACGAAUUGCCGGUCUUGGAACUGGUGGUGUUCAUCUGGUUCUUGAAUUCACCCGGAAGUCGAUCUUCUGUAUUUUCAUCUCGCUCGAUGUUUCUCGGCAGAGAGGUGUAAUAUCUUCGUUAGUUCUGGUCUUCUUCAGCUUGGUUGCUCGACGAGGAGGAGGAGGAGGAGGAGGCGGAGCGGGAUGAAGAUACAGUGUGACGUGUGCGAGAGGGCGGCGGCAGCGGUGCUGUGCUGUGCCGAUGAGGCCGCGCUGUGCUGGAGCUGCGAUGAGAAGGUCCAUGCCGCCAACAAGCUCGCCGGGAAGCACCAGCGAGUCCCUCUCCUCCCGACUAAUCCCAACUCUUGUUCUUCGCAGAUCCCCAACUGUGAUAUUUGUCAGGAGAAAGCUGGGUAUUUCUUCUGCUUGGAGGAUCGGGCUCUACUGUGUCGGCAGUGCGAUGUGGUCAUCCACACGGCCAGUCCAUGCGUAUCCUCCCACCAGCGUUUUCUGAUCACCGGCCUACAAGUUGCUCUUCAGCACCAUCUUACCAACGGCAGCAACAAGAACAGCAGCAGCAGUAAUGGUGACAGCAACAGUACCAGGAGCGACGUCCCCCUUAGAUCUCUGGUUACAGCUGAUUCAAUUGUCAAUCAGAAGCUUCAAGCAGCCACAUCAGGUUAUGUUACGGAGGAGGGUUUGAGGCCACCAUGGCCUUGGAAUGAGAUUCUUGGUGGUUUUCAAUUCGAUCCGUGCCACGGACUGUCGGAGCCAGUUUCUCCGGAUCAAACAGGGUGAAGGUAAAUUGCAUUUCUCAAUGCCAUUAAGUCAGAAAAUCAAAUUAUUCUACUACUUUGAUUUGCAUUCUCUGGAGGAGUUUGUGUCUGCACUAUUCCUCUUUUGUGUGGGAAAGAUCAGUACAUGAGUGCAAUAAUAGUCCAACUCCCUCCUAAUCUGGAGGGACUCCUUCAAUUUA